CAGCCCCCCGCCCCCACCCUCACCCCCACCCCCACCCCGGCCCUCCCCACGACGCUCCGCGACGGCGAGCGCGGCGGGACGGGCACCCGACGCCGCCACUGCCACUUGACGCGUCGACCGCAGGCGUCGGAGGGCGGGGUCCACAGGACAGCAUGGAGAUGGAGAUGGCGACGGCGCCGUCCUCCUCGGCGUGGGUGAAGUGGGCCGCGGAGUACACCAAGGCGGCGCAGGCUCAGGCUCGACCGCCGCCGGAAUGGGCGGCGCGGGUGGCGGCGGCGUCAGAGGCGGGGGAGAGCGGGGACGUGCCGUGGUCCGCGGGGCUCGCGGAGGUGCUGGCGCGGGCGCUGCUCUCCGGGGACGGCGGCGCUCCCGCGGCCGCCGCGUGGAAGUACGCCGAUGCCGCCCUCUCCGCGCGACUCGCGUCCCCAGCGCUCCUCAUCGUGCUUCUCUCCACCAGGGUCAUUCCUCAUCGGUUUUCCAGGCCGACGGCAUAUAGACUCUACUUGGAGCUAUUGAGGAGACAUGGAUUCAACUUCCGUUAUCAGAUGAAAGCUUCAAAUUUCACAAAGAUCAUGGAUUUAAUAGACGAGAACCUUGGUCUCUCAAAGAUAUUUGGCUUUUCAAAGUGUCAACCAGGGGUCUUUGUUGUCCAUUUUGUCCUCUGUAUUUUAUGGCAGUUGGUUGAUGCUGUUUUGGAUGAUGAGGGCCUGUUAGCUUUAACUCCAGAGAAGAAAGCUCAAUGGCCGACCAGGCCUGAAGAUGUGAGCACAUUUGAAGGAAGUGUUACUGAACAAAGAACUGAGAAGAUUGAGAAGUUACAGAAGAUGAACAGUGUGAUAACUAUAGAGCUCAUUGAGCAUCUUCUUCGCGAUAAAGUAAUUACUCGUAUCCUAUCAUUGGCACGCGAAAACAUGCAAUCUCAUUGGGGGGCAUUUACUAACCGGUUGCAUUUGCUUGUGACAAACUCAUCUACCUUACAAAAUUCAGUGAUAUCCUUGGAACCAUUUCAGCAGUUGAUUCUAGGAGAUUGCAAUGUAUAUGGAGAAUCUAAACAUAAUAUGCGUAAAAGAUUCCACCCAAUAGUGGCUUCUAACCCUCAUUCUUCUCCAAUUGGACGAUGCCUUGGUGCUAGCUAUUCUGCACUAUGGAUUCCUAUCGAUAUGUAUCUUGAGGAUUGCCUCGAUGGUUCAAUCGCUGCAACAAAUUCCAUUGAGAUUUUAAGUGGUUUGGUCAAGGCUCUUCAAGCAGUCAACAGAUCCACUUGGCAUGAUGCUUUCUUGGCCCUUUGGGUAGCAUCACUUCGCCUUGUACAAAGAGAAAGAGAACCGAUCGAAGGUCCUGUACCUCACCUAGACACACGACUAUGCAUGUUGUUGUCUAUCACAACACUUGCAGUUGCUGACAUAGUUGAGGAAGCAGAUUCACUUUGCAAUGAAACAGAACUCAACAGUCAUGUGAAAGAAAAGAAAGCAAUUGGUAAUCUGCGUAAGGAAUUGAUGUUAAGCUUACAGACACUUGGUGAUUAUGAAAGUUUGCUUGUUCCUCCUCCAUUUAUCAUCCCAGCAGCUAAUCAGGCUGCUACCAAAGCUGCAAUGUUUAUUUCGGGAAUCAACAUUAGCAAUGGCUACAUGGAAAAUGUCAACGGGAGGAAUUAUUCUGGAAAUAUGCAACAUUUGAUUGUGGAGUCAUGCAUCUCAAGGAAUUUGUUGGACACAUCAGCUUACUAUUGGCCUGGUUAUAUUAAUGGCCAUGCCGACUCCAUAUCUCAUACACUCCCUAGCCAACUUGCUGGGUGGUCAUCUUUCAUGAAUGGUGCACCAUUGACUCAGUCGUUGGUUAAUAUGUUGGUAUCAACUCCCGCUUCAAGUAUAUUAGUUACUUCUGGUAAUAAAUCACUGAAUGAAGCUCAUAAACUUGAUGGAAGCUUGGCAGAGCUCAAGAAGUUAUUUGAAGUUGCAGUUAAUGGGUCAGAUGAAGACAAGGUUUCUGCUGCCACUGUUCUAUGUGGAGCCACUCUUUUACGUGGUUGGAAUUUUCAGGAGCAUACAGUUCGGUUAGUUGUCAAACUGCUCUCACCCUCUGAUCCAGUCGAUUGUUCUGGAAGAGAGAGCCAAUUGAUAAAGCUUGCUCCAAUGCUCAAUGUUAUUCUCACUGGAAUAUCGCCUGUAGACUACGCUCCAAUCUUCUCAUUCCAUGGUCUGAUUCCAGAGCUGGCUGCUGCUCUUAUGGCAAUAUGCGAAGUUUUUGGGUGUCUUUCGCCAAGUGUUUCCUGGACUCUGAGAACAGGAGAGGAAUUAUCAGCUCACACAGUCUUCUCAAAUGCAUUCAUUCUUCUGUUGAGACUGUGGAAGUUUAACCAUCCACCGCUUGAGUACUGCAUAAUGGGAGAUGGUGCUCCAGUUGGCUCACAGCUAACCCCUGAAUAUCUUCUGCUAUUGCGGAAUUCCCAGGUUCUAUCUCCCAGCAGUUCGGCAAAACAUAGAAAUGGACAAAAGCAAUUACAAGUUACUUCAAACCCAUCAUCUGAGCAUCCUAUUUUUAUGGAUUCAUUUCCGAAGUUGAAGUUAUGGUAUCGACAACACCAAGCUUGUCUGGCUUCAACUCUCUCUGGACUUGCUCAUGGGACACCUGUACAUAACAAUGUAGACAGCCUUCUGAACCUGAUGUUUGUAAAGGCCAGUAAAGGAGGCACAUCUAUAGGUUCUUUAUCUGGAAGUAGCAGCAUAAGUAACUCAUCCGGUCCUGGUGCUGAUGAUUUGCAUCUUUGGCCUCAGUUGCCUGCUUGGGAGAUACUUGAAGCUGUUCCAUUUGUGGUUGAUGCUGCUCUUACUGCUUGUGCCCAUGGAAGGCUGUUUCCUCGUGAACUGGCUACAGGUCUCAAGGAUCUGGCUGAUUUCUUGCCUGCAUCUCUCGCUACAAUAGUAAGCUACUUUUCAGCUGAGGUAACGCGGGGUGUUUGGAAACCAGCAUCCAUGAAUGGAACAGAUUGGCCUAGUCCUGCUGCCAACCUAUCCAUGGUCGAAGAGCACAUCAAGAAAAUCGUAGCGGCCACUGGUGUUGAUGUUCCAAGGCUUGUCACAGGAGGAAGUUCUUUGGCUACACUUCCGUUGCCAUUGGCUGCCUUUGUGAGCCUCACAAUCACGUACAAACUUGAUAAGGCAUCAGAGCGAUUCCUUAAUCUUGCUGGUCCAGCUUUAGAGAACCUUGCUGCAAGCUGCCCAUGGCCAAGCAUGGCAAUCGUUGCAGCACUGUGGACCCAGAAGGUGAAGCGAUGGAGUGAUUUCCUAGUGUUUUCAGCUUCACGCACGGUGUUCCACCAUAACAAUGAUGCAGUCGUACAGCUUCUCAGAAGCUGUUUCACUGCUACCCUUGGCAUGACAUCUACAUCAGUAUGCAGUUGUGGAGGUGUUGCGAGCCUUCUGGGCCACGGUUUUGGUUCUCAUUGCUCUGGUGGUCUCUCACCAGUUGCACCAGGAAUCCUCUAUCUCCGGAUAUUUCGGUGCAUUAAGGACUGUUCCAUACUCACUGAAGAUAUACUCUCCCUUCUGAUGCUUUCGGUGAAGGAUAUAGCUGAAACAACCAUGCCCCGACAACGGUCAGACAAACUAAAGAAUAUCAAGUACGGGAUGAGGCAUGGUCAGGUAUCUCUUGCUGCUGCAAUGACGCAAGUGAAGGUGGCGGCGUCACUGGGAGCGACACUGGUUUGGUUAUCCGGCGGAACAGCCCUUGUCCAGUCUCUGAUGCAAGAAAUGCUGCCCUCUUGGUUCCUAUCCGUGCAGAAUCUGGAUCAAGGCGGGGCCAGUGUAGGAAUAGUAUACAAACUGGGCGGCCACGCGCUCGCCUACUUUGCAGUGUACUCCGGGAUGUUCGCCUGGGGCAUCGACCCGACGCCAGUAUCCCGGCGUCGAGAAAGGGUCAUGCGGUCGCACUUCGAGUUCCUGGCGAGCGCACUGGACAGGAAGAUCUCCCUCGGCUGCGACCUGUCCCUGUGGCGCGCCUACGUGUCGGGGUUCGUGGGGCUGGUUGUGGAGUGCACCCCGUGCUGGGCGCAGGAGGUGGACCUGAAGGUGCUGAGGAGACUGAGCAGCGGCCUCCGGCAGUGGAACGAGGACGAGCUCGCUGUCGCUCUCCUCCGCAGGGCCGGACCAGAGGCGAUGGGCACUGCCGCCGAACUGAUCCUGGGCAGCGAGUGGUGAUGCCAACGCCAACGCCAACGCCAACGCCAACGCCAACGCGUUGCCCAUCACUGAUGCCGCCGUUUGUACAUAUGAUCAGAACAUGUGUAUGCGCCAUGGGAUGUGUUGGAUUGAUUUUGUCACUAAAACUGUUCGGCGCUUUGCUCUCGCUAAUACUACCUCUAUUCCAGA